GCCAGAGUAUGAGCUCGGCGUUCCGGCUACUGAACCCCAGCGUCCAGUUCUUCAACUCCGCCAUCGAAUCGUACAUAGGAACCGUACAUUCGAGGUGGGCACUUGUCCGUUUUGGGCAACUCCUGCAGUUGAAUUUGAAGCCGAAUGAUCUCACUUUCUCUUUGCUGAUUAAAGCUUACGCUUCAAAUGGCCGCCCCUCCGCUUCUGUUUCCGUGAACGCAAAAACGGAGUUGAAUCAGGCUCACGCCCACUUGGUGAAAUCCGGGUUUGAUCACUUCGUGUACUUGAGCACUGCUCUCCUUGAUACAUACAUGAAACUGGGAUGCGACUCUCAGGCACGCAGGAUGUUUGAGUAUAUGCCCGAGAGAGAUGUCGUUUCGUGGAAUGCGUUAAUCUGUGGGUAUUCACGAAAGGGGAUGGAUGUCGAAGCAUUGAAGCUCUUUAUACGGAUGCUUGGGGAGGGUUUUAGUCCUCGCGCUACCACACUGGUGAGUUUGGUUCCUUCUUGUGGUCAUCCUGAUUUAGUGUUUCAAGGGAGAUGCAUUCAUAGUUUGGGAAUUAAGUCUGGGCUUGAUUUGGAUUGUCAUGUGAGAAACGCGUUGAUGUCAAUGUAUGCUAAAUGCAGAGAGCUGGAGUCCACGGAAUCUUUGUUCGAUGCAAUGGUUGAUAGAAGUGUUGUUUCCUGGAACACAAUGAUCAGUGCAUAUGGCCAAAACGGUUUCUUCAGUGAUGCAAUCUGUGUUUUUAAAGAAAUGGUGGAGGAACGUCAGGAAGUCAACUCAGUUUCCUUAGUGAGUCUCUUGUCUGCACACGCUGAUCCGGACUCUACCCAUUGUUAUGCUAUUAAAACAGGUCUUGUCAGUGAUGAUUGUGUCCUGACUUCGCUCCUCUGCACAUACACAAAGCAUGAAGACAUGGGUUCUGCUGAGUCACUUUAUGAAAGAUUGAUUCAGAAGAAUUUGGUAUCCUUGACUGCACUUCUUUCAAGUUAUGCUGAGAAAGGAAACAUCAAGGGGAUGAUGAAGUGUUUCUUCAAGAUAGGGCACCUAGACAUGAAACUUGAUGCAGUUGCUUUAGUUAGCAUCCUUCAUGGACUCACACACUUCUCUGCUCAUAUCAGCAUUGGACUUGCUUUCCAUUGUUAUGGAUUCAAAACUGGAUUAUGCGUCCAUUCUCUUAUUGCAAAUGGGCUCAUAAGCAUGUACUUUAAGUUCAACAACAUAGAAGAUGCAUUUUUGUUGUUUUCUGAGAUGCAUGAGAAAUCUCUUACUAGCUGGAACUCAGUUAUAUCUGGCUGUGUUCAAGCUGGAACGGCAAGUAAAGCGAUAGAGUUGUUUGGUGAAAUGAGGUUGUCUGGGCACAAACCAGAUGCCAUCACAAUUGCCAGUUUACUAUGCGCUUGUUCCCAAGUUGGAUACUUGCAGCUUGGGGAGAAGGUCCACAAUUACGUGCUCAGAAACCAUCUUGAAUUGGAGGAUUUUGUAGAAACUGCACUUAUAGACUUAUACACAAAGUGUGGAAGAAUAGAGCUUGCGCAAAGAGUUUUCAAGAGCAUCAAAGAGCCAUGCUUGGCUUCAUGGAAUUCGAUAAUCUCUGGCUUCAGUUUAUGUGGCCUCGAGCAUAAGUCUCUCACAUAUUAUUCUGAAAUGCGAGGACGAGGACUCAUGCCUGAUAAGAUCACUUUCUUGGGAGUCUUGGCUGCGUGCACCCAUGGGGGUCUUGUCAGUGAAGGAAGAAAGUACUUCCAUGUUAUGACCAAAGACCUUGCCUUGAGGCCGACCUUGCAACACCAUGCAUUCAUGGUUACUCUGCUUGGUCGUGCAGGCCUAUUUGAGGAAGCUCUGCUUUUUGUGAAGAAUAUGGAGGUUGAGCCUGAUUCUGCUGUAUGGGGAGCUUUGCUCAGUGCAUGCUGCAUCCAUGGAGAGGUGGAGCUUGGUGAAUGCUUGGCAAAGAAACUAUGGUUCUUGGACCAAAAAAAUGGCGGGUUUUACGUGCUAAUGUCAAACCUUUAUGCGUCGAAAGGAAGAUGGGAUGAUGUCGGUAGAGUGAGGGGGAUGAUGAAAGACAUGGGUAGGGAUGGAUGCUAUGGAGCUAGUGCAAUGGAGAUCACUUCAAUGGAGGAAAAACGCCUUGAUGAUCUGCACGUUAAUGGAAGUUCUUGGCAGCAAUUGUCUUUCCUAUAUUCACAUGCCUGAUUGCUGCUGCUGCUCCUAUUGUUUGACCAGAAUACUUCCUCCUAGUUUUAGGCCCUCUCCACCGCUCC